AUGGCUGCCACAGAGAAACGUCCCGAGAUCAUCGAGCUGGCCCGCGGAUUAAAGGACGUGCCCAUGUGCGAAGACUAUGAGCGGAUGAUCUCCGGCAUGAUGUACAACCCGACUCUCCCGCAACUCGGGGAAGCGCGCCAUCGCUGCCGUGGGCUGGCGGCCGACUACAACAAUCUCGACACGAAGACGGUCCCGUAUGACCAGAUUGCUGACAAGCGUCUCGAGCUGCUCCGCAAGCUAGUGGGGAGAGCUGGUGAUGGGACGUUUAUCGAGCCGCCGUUUCUGCCGGAUUACGGGUGCAAUGUUAUCAUUGGAAGGGACUGCUUCAUCAACUGGAAUGUAACAAUUCUGGACACCAGCCUGGUGGUCAUCGGGGACCGCGUGCAGAUCGGCACUGGCGUGGGCAUCUUCACUGCGGGGCACGACACCAGCAUCCUUUCGCGUCGUAAUUCCGUUGAGUUCGGUCAUCCCGUGUUCAUCGAAGAUGACUGCUGGAUUGGAGGCAACGUGGUGAUUCUUCCUGGCGUCCGAAUCGGUCAGGGCUCAACCAUCGGCGCUGGUUCGAUCGUGACUAAGGACAUCCCACCCUUUUCCGUUGCGGUGGGUUCGCCCUGCCGUGUGAGGAAAACCAUUCCUUCAGCGGAAGAGGAGCAAAAGGACCCCAAUAACCCGUAUCGCAACCUCGUUCGGUAG